AUGACGUCAGCUGUGCCAGCGCGCCUGCGCAGAGAAACCAGGAACAGAUAUGCUUCAGUUCUGUUUUGUUUUGGAAGAAAGGGGAAUAAGAAAACAGGUCUAGCAGCCUCCAGCUCCCCUGCAGCCAUGACGAGCUGCUCUUGUUGCACCAGGCUGUGCUCCCGCUCCUCGGCCUACACUCUGGCCCUCGGCCUGGGCUUCGUCACUCUGGGGACCAGUCGCAUCCUGCUGCUCAAAUUCUCGGCCAAUGCUCAGAACAAGUAUGACUUCCUGCCUGCAUCCGUCAACCUGCUGGCUGAGGCGCUCAAACUGCUCUUCUGCCUGGCCAUGUCCGUCAGGGUCAUAGUCCGAGAGGGACGAUCCUGCAGAGACCUGGGCUUCUCCUCCACCUCCUCCUUCAUCACCUCCCUGAAGUGGUCCGUCCCUGCUUUCCUCUACUUCCUGGACAACCUGAUCAUCUUCUACGUCAUGACGUACCUGCAGCCUGCCAUGGCAGUGUUGUUCUCUAACUUUGUCAUCCUGACCACAGCUGUUCUCUUCAGGAUCGUUCUCAAGAGGCGCCUGUCCUGGGUCCAGUGGGCAGCGUUAUUUAUCCUCUUCCUGUCCAUCGUUUCCUUGACGACGGGAUCAGGGGCCAGCCAGAACUCGAUGGCGGUGCCAGGUCUCCACUCUAACCCCCUCUCCACCCCCUCCAACUCCUGCCUGCUCUACACACAGCUGCUGGAGCAGAUGAGGAACAGCAGUGCCACUGAGUCGUGGGUGUCGUCCCUGCCGGGCCAGGCCUGGAGGGACCGGGUGGUGGAGAAGCUCCGGUCUCUGGGCGUGGGUCACAUCCUGCUCCUGCUGCAGUGCUUCAUCUCUGCCAUGGCCAACAUCUACAACGAGAAGAUCCUCAAAGAAGGAGACCAGCUGUCUGAGAGCAUCUUCAUCCAGAACAGUAAACUGUAUGCGUUCGGCGUGGUGUUUAACGGUCUGACCCUCGGGCUGGGCAGCGAGGCUCGAGGCCUCACGUUGCACUGUGGCCUCCUCCAUGGACACAACGUCUACUCUCUAGGUCUGGUGCUGGUCACUGCUGCCCUGGGUUUAUCUGUGGCCUUCAUCUUGAAGUUCAGAGACAACAUGUUCCACGUGCUAACGGGUCAGAUCACCACCGUCCUGGUGACCGCCCUCUCCCUCUUCCUCUUCGACUUCCGCCCCUCGCUGGACUUCUUCCUCCAGGCUCCCAUGGUCCUGCUGGCCAUCUUUAUCUACAACGCCAGCCGGCCCAAAGACCUGGAGUACACCCUGCAGCAGGAGAAGCUGCGGGUCAUCAACGGAGAGGUGUUUGAGAGGUCCAGAGGGGACGGCGAGGAGCUGGAGCUCCUGACGAAGCCCAACACGGACAGUGAGUCUGAGGAGGAGUCUUUAUAGUCUCCUGGUCUCUGACAGGUCAGAAGAACUUCUUCUUCACUCCUCCGAGUAUUUAUCUGCAGCACAGACUCGUUGUCAUGAUGCAGCGUGGUCUCAGAUUCUGUCAAAGCAUUUAUUGGAAGGACUGUCAGCGGUAAAUGACAGUGUUGAUGGAUUGUGUUCUGAACUCUGUCAGACUCUUGUGAUGACUAAGACUAUUGUGUAUAUUUUGAAAUGUGCCUGUCUUUGUAUGAGUUCUGUCAUUUAUGUAUGACAUGUUUUUGCUGGGGAAUAAUUGCCACUGUAUUUGCCGUUCGGGAUCAUUAAGGCUUUCUGUCAUGGAGAGUUUAUUUCUUCAGAUGAUUCCUGUGGUGUUUGCAGCUAGUUCACUGCUUUCAGGUGAUGGUUUAAUGACCAGCAAGCCACAAUUCAGACAGUUUUAUGAUUGUAUAAGGCUUUAUGCUGUUUUUAAGUGUUGUUGGCAUGGUGUAAAAGAAGUGUUUCUUCAACCUGUGGUCACUUUCUAAACAAAGUGGGAAACUAAAGCACCAUAUUCCAGUAAAAAGUCACAAACUAUAGCUUCAGAAAUAACCAUGUAAUUGUAAAUUACACAUUCCCAGACAUUUUAACGCACAAUCAGUCUGGUGUUUCCAUUACAGUGUACAGACGUUUCUAUUUUUCUUAAACAUGAAGCAGAACCGUGAGCAUUUCCAGAGAGGAUCAGUGAGGGUGUCUGAGUUUAUGAAAGCACAACAAAGUGGCUCUUGGUUCUCUUACUUGGCCUUGAAUAUUCCUUUCUUAGGUGGAGUAUUGAUGUAGUGCAACUGUGAAAUACCAAAACAUAUAUUCCUUUUUGUGCCAUAAAUACAUUUGAACACAUGAAUGCUGGUUGUUCUGAAAUAAACUGCAAAGAAAAGUA